AAAAAGAAAAAGGAAAAGUCCAACUACUGGGCUAAUUUGUAUUCCGCUGCGAGGCAAAGAACUGCAUUUUGAAGACCGGAAAAAGGAGAAAAGGAGAGGACUACAACUCCCAGAAUGCAGAGCUUCACCGUCUCGCAGGGCCCUCCUUCCAGCUGCCCAAUGGUCAAGGGUCGCGAGCCAUCUCUCUGCCCCAUUGGUUAGCCUUCCUCCCAUUGGUCAGCCUUCCGGUGCCCAGGGCCAAGCAGGGAGGAGAGAAAUCUAACACUCCGGAUGGCACAUUUCCCGCCAUUCCGAGGAACCGGGAAGAAAACUGCAAAACGAAUCUCCUCAUUGGGCACUCGCUAUUUCGGCGUCAGAGAAUUUAUCCAGUAAGAUUACAUAGCUGCUCCCAGAGUCCCCGCCUCUUCCUCUUGGUACACUUUGGUGGCGGGAAAAAAUUGGGAAGUUUUCGCGCUGGGAAGGAGGCACCCACCGGGCAGCAGGCAUGGCAGGGACUGUGGUGCUGGACGACGUGGAGCUGCGAGAGGCUCAGAGAGAUUACCUGGACUUCUUGGAUGACGAGGAAGAUCAGGGAAUUUAUCAGAGCAAAGUUCGAGACCUGAUCAGUGACAACCAAUACCGGCUGAUUGUCAGUGUGAAUGACCUACGCAGAAAAAAUGAAAAGAGAGCAAACCGCCUUCUGAGCAAUGCCUUUGAGGAGCUGGUUGCCUUCCAGCGGGCCUUAAAGGAUUUUGUGGCCUCCAUUGAUGCUACCUAUGCCAAGCAGUAUGAGGAGUUCUAUAUAGGAUUGGAGGGCAGCUUUGGCUCCAAGCAUGUCUCUCCCCGGACUCUUACUUCCUGCUUCCUCAGCUGUGUAGUCUGUAUGGAGGGCAUUGUCACUAAAUGCUCUCUAGUUCGUCCCAAAGUUGUUCGCAGUGUCCACUAUUGUCCUGCUACCAAGAAGACUAUAGAGCGACGUUAUUCUGAUCUCACUAACCUGGUGGCCUUUCCAUCCAGCUCUGUCUAUCCUACCAAGGAUGAGGAGAACAACCCCCUUGAGACAGAAUAUGGCCUUUCUGUCUAUAAAGACCACCAAACCAUCACCAUCCAGGAGAUGCCAGAGAAGGCCCCAGCUGGUCAGCUGCCCCGCUCUGUGGAUGUCAUUCUGGAUGAUGACUUGGUGGAUAAAGUGAAGCCUGGUGACCGAGUCCAGGUGGUGGGGACCUACCGUUGCCUUCCUGGAAAGAAAGGAGGUUAUACCUCAGGGACCUUCAGGACUGUCCUGAUUGCCUGUAAUGUGAAGCAGAUGAGCAAGGACAUUCAGCCUUCAUUCUCUGCUGAGGAUAUCGCCAAGAUCAAGAAGUUCAGUAAAACUCGAUCCAAGGAUAUUUUUGACCAGCUGGCCAGGUCAUUGGCCCCCAGUAUCCAUGGGCAUGACUAUGUCAAGAAGGCGAUCCUCUGCUUGCUGUUGGGAGGGGUGGAACGAGACCUUGAGAAUGGCAGCCACAUCCGUGGGGACAUCAAUAUUCUUCUGAUAGGAGACCCAUCAGUUGCCAAGUCUCAGCUUCUGCGGUAUGUGCUUUGCACAGCACCCCGAGCUAUCCCCACCACUGGCCGGGGAUCCUCUGGAGUGGGUCUGACGGCUGCUGUCACCACAGACCAGGAAACAGGGGAGCGUCGUCUCGAAGCAGGGGCCAUGGUCCUGGCGGACAGAGGUGUGGUUUGCAUCGAUGAAUUUGACAAGAUGUCGGAUAUGGACCGUACAGCCAUCCAUGAGGUCAUGGAGCAGGGUCGAGUGACUAUUGCCAAGGCUGGCAUCCAUGCUCGGCUGAAUGCCCGCUGCAGUGUUUUGGCAGCUGCCAACCCUGUCUAUGGCAGGUAUGAUCAGUAUAAGACCCCAAUGGAGAACAUUGGACUUCAGGACUCACUGCUAUCUCGAUUUGACUUGCUCUUCAUUAUGCUGGAUCAGAUGGAUCCUGAGCAGGAUCGGGAGAUCUCGGACCAUGUCCUUAGGAUGCACCGUUACAGAGCGCCCGGGGAGCAGGAUGGCGAUGCUAUGCCCUUGGGUAGUGCUGUUGAUAUCCUGGCCACAGAUGAUCCCAACUUUAACCAGGACGAGCAGCAGGAGACUCAGAUUUAUGAGAAGCAUGACAACCUUCUGCAUGGGACCAAGAAGAAAAAGGAGAAGAUGGUGAGCGCAGCAUUCAUGAAGAAGUACAUCCACGUGGCCAAAAUCAUCAAGCCCUCCCUCACACAGGAGUCAGCUUCCUACAUUGCAGAAGAGUACUCACGCCUGCGCAGCCAGGACAGCAUGAGCUCGGACACUGCCAGGACAUCUCCAGUUACAGCGCGGACACUGGAGACUCUGAUUCGAUUGGCCACGGCCCAUGCAAAGGCUCGAAUGAGCAAGACUGUGGACCUGCAGGAUGCAGAGGAGGCCGUGGAGCUGGUCCAGUAUGCUUACUUCAAGAAGGUUCUGGAAAAGGAGAAGAAACGUAAGAAGCGAAGUGAGGAUGAAUCAGAGACAGAGGAUGAAGAAGAGAAAAGCCAGGAGGACCAUGAGCAGAAGAGGAAAAGGAGGAGGACUCGUCAGUCGGAUGCCAAGGAUGGGGACUCCUAUGACCCCUAUGACUUCAGUGACACAGAGGAGGAAAUGCCUCAAGUGCAUACCCCGAAGACUGCAGACUCUCAGGAGACCUUAAAGACUGCAGAAUCACAGGAGACCCAGGAAUCUCAGAAGGUGGAGCUGAGGGAGUCCAGGUUGAAGGCCUUCAAGGUAGCCCUCCUGGACGUGUUCCGGGAAGCUCAUGCACAGUCCGUGGGCCUGGCUCACCUCACGGAAUCUGUCAACCAGGACAAGGAAGAGCCCUUCUCUGCAGAGGAGAUCCAGGCUGCACUGGACAAGAUGCAGGAUGCCAACCAGGUCAUGGUGUCUGAGGGCAUCGUCUUCCUUAUCUGAAGUCUCAUCUCUGAACGCUUUCCCUUCCCCACCCUUGUCUUUGCCUUCAUUCCCCAAACAUCCGUGUGUGAGAAGCACAAGGUGAUGAAGAUGGAUUGGGACUUGCUGGCAGCUUUGAGAAUGGGUGAUGAUAGCUGUCAUCGGGUAGGGUGAGCAGGAAGUGGGGAAGGACUCUGCAUCUUCAUGGAAGAAGGACUGGGUCACACACCCGCUUCCAUCCCCAAACAGACCCAGUGUUAUUUUGUGUAAAUGUGACUUUUUUUUUUUGUAUUAAAUUCUUUUAUUGGUACAUUGUAGGUAUACAACACACUUACAUUUCUCCUUGGGAAUUGUACCUUUACAUAAUGCAUCUUGGUUCUUAUUUUUUCCCCAUCCCUAGCCCUCCCUUAACACCCUCCA